AUGGCAUCGGCACCUGCGAACGCUCCGGGCAGUGGCGGCGUCGCCGUUCCUCCCACAGCUCCUAUCCCCCAGAUCCCACCCAUCGAGGACAUCGUUGCCGCUCCUGGAGGCGACGUGGUUCUCGUUGUGGGUAGAGAACGCGUCAAGAUCCAGGUCCUGGCGGUCGUCCUCAAGAACUCGUCACGCGUCUUCGCAGCCAUGUUCCGCCCCGAGUUCGCGGAAGGUCAUGCCCUCUAUCUCAACCAGGGUUCCAACGAGCCCAUCGAAAUCGAACUCCCGGAGGACGACCCACUCGCCCUUGGGACACUGUGCAAAUUAGUCCAUUGCACAGUUGACGCUGGCAGAUACCCCGGCAGCGGGAAGAAGCUGCUUGGGGUGGCCAAGGCCGCGGACAAGUACGACUUGAUCACCAGACUGGCCUUUCCGUCGAACCAGUGGUUCUGCGAGCUUAAGAGAUCUCGCGACCCGGCUCAGAUCCUGGCAGGUCUCAUGGCGGCCCAUAUUUUGGGGCACAAGCCUGGUUUCGCCCUCCUGAGCCGCUGGCUUAUGUUCUGCCAUGGCGGUUCGUGGGGUGGCCUGAUGAGCGCUCUGCCGGGCGUCGACAAGAUUGCGUAUGAGCUUAUUGUGGCGGUCGAAGAAGCCCGCGCACAGAUCAACGCGGCCAUGAUUGAGCGUAUCAACAGGUUCACCAUGGCGGCCUGCAUGGUUCCGGGAAACUGCAGCUGCCCUCUGGAGAAGCCAGAGUUGGUCCGAAAGUGGUUUACGAUGAUCAACACCAAGCAGCCGACGUUGAACGUCGUCAAGCUGCAGUCGCUCAGCAUCAGUGAGCUCAUCAGCGACAUACACAAUCUCUCGCAUUUGCAGUCAGCUCAGCUUACUGGCGUCCGCCACGAGUGCGGCAAAAACCUGAAGCCGCUGGUUCCAGACGCCGUGCCCGCCUACCUCAACCAGAAGCUGGCGGCUUUUAAGGGUCUUUGCAUACUCUGCUUCGACCGGAAGAAGAGAUGA